CUCCUCUCCUGCAAAGAGCCUCGGGUUUGUACACGUUAAACCACACACCGCACCACGAAGACUACGAUGCGCCUACUUAUUAUCGCGGCUUUGCUGGGUAGCAUCGGGGUGACGCUCGGGCAGUAUCAGCCAACAACGCCAGUGCCGAUUUUAAAACAAAUAAACAGACACAACGAGGACGGAAGCUAUAGCUAUGGCUACGAGGCGGCCGAUGGUAGCUACAAGAUCGAGUCAAAGCAUCCAACAGGUGAGGUGUAUGGAAAGUAUGGCUUUAUCGAUGACACGGGAAGUUUGCGCGAGAUCGAAUAUGGGGCGACUCGGCGCGGCUUUGAGCCCAGCGGCACAGGCAUCAACGUCCCACCACCGACCCUCCAUGGCAACAGCUUGAAUGGUGAAAAAGAUGACGACGAUGGACAAUAUCGCGAGGACCCCACGAUUUAUUAUACCGAUCCGAGGUAUACUAAUGGCGAGAAGUACGAACCUGUGCCCAAGAGAUACCCUCUGCAAAACUAUCAGCAGCCACGACCUUUAGCCUAUCCAGCACCGAGCAAAUCCGUGGCCACAGCCUAUCGCAAGCCUGCGCCAUCCCCUGCACCUGUAGCAGCGCAACCAGCUUAUCAACCUGCCUACCAGCCUGAAUAUCAGCCCCAGUAUAGAACGCAGUAUCAGCCACAGUACCAGCCAGAUCUUGCAGCAUAUGGACCAUCACAGCCAAACAAAUUUGCUGGACAAGCGACUUCGAACGUCAACUUAAAUCUUGGCUCCUACAGUGUGAAUUACAGGCGAUGAAAUUAUUGAUUGUAUGAUUAUUACUGUUGCGACUCAUUUUAAUCUUACAUUACGGGUGACCUAUGUACAUAGCCUUCGCUCACUUAUUAAUAAACUUGCACGUCUCGUUUACGAAUUUUUUUCAAUUACAGUUUGACGAUUUUUCGUAUCUGCUCAAUCAUAAUUUUAUUCGUACAGGCUGCGCAGUUUGUUGAUUGGAAUGCUAAAAUAAAUGACUAACAAAAAAUUUAAA